AUGCCUUACCGUCUCAGCGUUACUGCUGGUCCAAGCCUAGACUUAUCGACACACAACCCGGUUGAUGUCAACAAUGACGAUUGUCCUGUGGAGAUUUAUUCCCCUCACUUUCGUGGCAGGAUCACCGUGCGCGUCAAGAACCUUCCUGAAGAUCAAGCGCCCAUCUCUGAGUCCAGAUAUUUUAAUAACAAGAGCGCAACGUUCAGUUUACAAUGCCAAGGACAAUAUGGGAAUCAUGCAGACGAGUUAAAUGUGGAUGAUAUUAUGUUCGGGAUCGUUUUGCAAAAACCCCUCAGUGAUACUCCACCACUCGGUUUAAGCCUUAUUGAGCGUACCAUGCGCUUCUUCUGGCCUGUAAUGGAAAGCAACCUACAAGAUCAUACUCCAUGGGUACUCUCUCCCAUGUUUGCCACCAUGAGCCGAGUGCGAGUUCAAGUGGGUUCAGAUCCGAUUGAGCGGGAACUCGGUUUAAGCUCUCCCGCGCAAAACUACUUCCGCGAAUCCCUUGCGACGAAUGUGCGAUCGCAGCUCCCUCGCUGGCCUGGGAUCAUGACCGAUGCGGAGAGCGAAAGCAUUCCGCCUUCCUUCACCCGUCGCCCGCCGAAUCGCACUCCCAGAUCCCGUGCCUCGAGUUCUUCGCCCCCGCCCACUCCUCGAAGGUCAACUCUAUCGCGGACGUUCUCCUACUUUUCUCGGGCAGCUCCGCAAAGCUUAGAUGUUCCUGGAACCCCCCAGAACGCAAGAAAUAUUUUUAUCUCCAGUGGUACGAAAACAAAUACGCAUAGAGCCCACAGACGUUAUCACGACCGAUUUCCGUAA